UACGCAGGCGCACGAGGGCCUCGCUCCGGACCGGAAGCAUGGAGCACUCUGGGAGUUGUGGGCGGAGCUAGAGAUGUCGCCGCGAGGACCGCCGGGAGUUGUAGGCCCAGCUGGUCCGAGGGCAGUAAGCACCACCGACUCAACCGCCGCAUGGGUACCUGGGGGAUGUCGGCGUGUAGACCCAAAGUCUUCUGGAAGUCGUAGUUCUAUUUGCUUCCGCGCUUUCUCGGAGCCUGGACCUUCCCGCCUGGGUUCUAUUCUGGAGAACCAACCCCUCCCGCCUCUCCAGGACCCCACGAUGCCGGCCCCACAGUGCGCCUCUUGCAACAAGGCGCGCGCCGCCCUCCGCCGUCCGCGCUCGGGCCAGGCGCUGUGCGGCGCCUGCUUCUGCGUCGCCUUCGAGGCCGAGGUGCUGCACACGGUGGUCGCGGGCCGCCUGCUGCCACCCGGCGCCGUGGUGGCCGUAGGCGCCUCGGGCGGCAAGGACUCCACGGUGCUGGCGCACGUGCUGCGCGAGCUGGCCCCGCGCCUGGACAUCUCUCUACACCUCGUGGCGGUGGACGAGGGCAUCGGCGGCUACCGGGACGCGGCGCUGGCGGCCGUGCGGCGGCAGGCGGCGCGCUGGGAGCUCCCGCUCACUGUCGUGGCCUACGCGGACCUCUUCGGGGGCUGGACGAUGGACGCCGUGGCCCGCAGCACGGCCGGCUCCGGCCGCAGCCGCGCCUGUUGCACCUUCUGCGGGGUGCUGCGGCGCCGCGCGCUGGAGGAAGGGGCGCGCCUCGUGGGAGCCACGCACGUCGUGACCGGACACAACGCGGACGACAUGGCGGAGACGGUGCUCAUGAACUUCCUGCGGGGCGACGCGGGCCGGCUGGCGCGGGGCGGGGGCCUGGGCUCCCCGGGCGAGGGGGGCGCCCUGCCGCGCUGCCGCCCGCUGCAGCUGGCGUCGCAGAAGGAGGUGGUGCUGUACGCGCACUUCCGCCGCCUCGACUACUUCUCCGAGGAGUGCGUGUACGCGCCCGAGGCCUUCCGCGGCCACGCGCGCGACCUGCUCAAGAUGCUGGAGGCGGCGCGGCCGUCGGCGGUGCUGGACCUGGUACACUCGGCCGAGCGCCUGGCGCUGGCCCCGGCCGCGCGGCCCCCGCCGCCCGGCGCCUGCUCCCGCUGCGGGGCGCUGGCCAGCCGCGCGCUCUGCCAGGCCUGCGCGCUCCUGGACGGCCUGAACCGCGGCCGGCCCCGCCUGGCCAUCGGCAAGGGCCGCCGGGGGCUGGACGAGGAGGGGCCGCCGCGGGAGCCGCAGCCGUCCCGACCGCCGACUUCCCAGCCGGUCCCCGACUUCUAGAGACUCCAGUUCCCUGCCAGGAUCCGGCGCCGUGGGGGCGCGGGACCGCCUGUAAAUGCCACGGAAUUACCUGAGCCUGGGCUUCGUGUGCAGCUGGGAGAGAAAUGGAACCUGUUACCUGCGAUCCUGAAGACGCUCUGGGCUCCUGGGGCAGGGGGCCGGGGACUCCUGGGUCUCAGAGAGGGGAGCACUAAACGACCUUCCAUUCCUGAGCGAGUGGGAAUUAGGGGGCUGCUUGCCUGUACCUCUGUGGGAUCUGGGCGUGCUCAGAUGGUCCUAACCCUUCUCGAUCGCCUACUGCCUGCCUGGUGUUCGUGUUUGCCUGCAGUAGGAAAAGCACAACCACGCACCUGGAUGGACAUGUCAGUUACAGCACUCAUGGUGUUUCCGUGUGAGCGCUGUGUAUACUGCAGGCGCUGGGCCAUCACAUUUCACCCGCACCACGAUCUCGUUGGCUGUAGCCCGAGGCCCACAGCUGGCCCGAGGUCACCUCCCUGGAGCCCCACCUGGGGGCUUUCACCCAGGUCCUUCUGGGGCUCUUCAAGACGGUGGAAUUAGUCCUUAUCCCCACUACCACCUGAAUCUCUGAUGGAUGAAGAGCAACUGGGCGGCUCUCCAGACUUCAGAUUCUAGAGGCAGAGCUGGGUGAGCUUGGGUCAGUGACUCAACCUCUUGGAUCUUCCAUCUGCUCCGCUGAAAAUGGAAUCAAGGCCUCCCACCAAAGCACUGUUGAGAAUGUUUCCUAAGUGCUCACUAAAUGUGUCCGACUUGGCUGUUCACACUAAGGUUUGGCCACCAGGGGGCGCUCGAUUUCGGGGUUGCUGACCUGCCGAUCCAGACAGGCAUGAGGCUCAGAAACUGCCUGCCUGACUUCUGCGCAGUCUUGGUGUCCUCAGACCCACCUCCAAACUUUGCUGGGCUGCUCCUUUUUUAGAAAUGCCCUCCUUUCCCAUCUUGCUGCUCACAUCCUCCAGGGUCCUCCUGGAAGCGUCCCUGAAUCUCUCCUCCCACCCUGCCCCGCCCAAGACAUUGGGACUCUCCCAAACCCUAGCCGCUGGGUCCUGUCCUUACCAUGUGGCCAUUCAGCCCUUUGGGGUCUUGUUCUCCCUAACUAAACUGAACUUUGGGGACAGAAACCAGAUCUGUGUUUACACUGGAUAGCACAACAUCAUUCUUCCCACAUUUAUCGAGCCCUUGAUGUCUGCAAGGGCAUCUAGACAUCGGUGGGAGAGAAAAAAAAAAAAAAAAAAUUAAAACCACGUGGUCUCGGAGUUUACAAUCUUGUGGGAGAGAGGUAAUAACCAAAUAUGUAAUAUGAAGUCAUAAUGAUGGGUGCUAUGAAUAGGGAACAAAACAACAUAAGGGGAAAGGGAGUGAAGAGUCCUAUUUUAGUUUUGAGAGGCCAAGACCUCUUUGAGAAGGUGACUUUGGAGCAAAAACCAAAAUAAAGCAAAUGAGGGACUUCCCUGGUAGUCCAGUGGAUAAUACUCAGCACUCCCAAUGCAGGGGGCCUGGGUUCGAUCUCUAGUCAGAGAACUAGAUCCCACAUACCACAAGGAAAGAUUCCGUGUGCUGUCAGACUUGGUGCUGCCAAAUCUUUAAAACAGUGCCAAAUAAAGCAAACACGGUUUCCAGCCUUAAUGGAAUAUCUCAUGUCAGAGCAACACUUCCACUAAGACCAACUAGGAACACACACACAAACAUGCUAUUUAAAUACAUCAAACAGCUACCAAGGCAGCUAAGAUCUCAGAAAAAAAGAGAAGCUCAUUCAGCAGAGGGGGCCAGAAGGCAGAGAAAGCAAGCAGAAAGCAUAAGCUAAGCUGAGUUGAAGUUUCAGUAGCUGGAGACAGGAAUGGAGUGUGGGGCCACCAAGGCAGGCAGGACUGGAGGGGCCAGAAUCCUGGGCAGAAGGGAAGAGCAUCGAGACCAGCCCAUCGUGAGGAAUGAGUGUGACAAGAGACACUCGCUUGCAAGCUGUUGGGUGUCCUACCCCCUCACCAGACCCUAGCAUGGGGUUCAGGAUCUCCUUGUGCCUUGACUCCAGGGUCGCCAGGGUGCAAAUGUCAAGUAUUAGGGUCAGCACCGAGGAAGGACAGAGAGAAUCAGAGCGCAAAAAGUAUGACAGUAAUCAGAGGCUGAAACUGAGAUGUGAGGUGCUGGCUCCAGCCCCAGAAUUAGAUGUGGUGUUUGCAGGUUUCUGGGGUCAAUUUGAGUUCAGAAAGCUGCUGGAUUUGUAGGUGGCUCUCAGUCGAGUCUCGGGUCUCCCAUGAGUCCUGCGAUCACACCUUGAGAAUGAGUUCUAACCUCUUAUCAAUUCCUCCAGUCCCAGAAAACCUUCCCUCUUUAGAGCACCUAUUGAAUCUUCCUCUCCUUACCCCACUACCACUUUUUCCUGACCUUGCCUGGCUCUCUCUGCUUUUCAUAAUUCUCUGUGCGGUGAUCCACUGAGGCCCCAAGAUCCUUUCACCACUCUGAAUAUUUACCGUUCAUGUAGAAUGAAGGAAAACUUAGAAUUUACUUUUGUGACCUAUCAAUUAAACCAGAUUUCUGAGACUUCAUUCCUUUAUUUAGGCUGAAUCAGGACUUGGCAGAGCACCAGGCAUAGAAAAUGAUCAUAACCAUGUUCUCUAUCACCCAGAGCCCCGUGGCAGUAUGACAAAGGGAUUAAAAACAAGUGCAGAAUAUCAACCUACUGGAAAGUGAGGGGAGAAAGAGGAGACACAGAUUUUCUGCAAAGGGUGAGGGUAGUU